CUUCACACAACUUCUCCAAUCCCAGCAUUGGAUCUAACUUCUUCCUUGCCCUUUUAUUCCCCAUUCGAUCCAUUCCCUUUUCUUAACGCACGUAAAUUAUUGCAUAUUUUGAGAAGCGAAAAUGGCACGAAAGAAGAUCAGAGAGUAUGACUCUAAGAGGUUGUUGAAGGAACACUUCAAGAGACUCUCUGGCAAGGAGUUGCCCAUCAAAUCUAUACAAGUUACAAAGUACACGGAUUUGAAUGAGUUGGCAGAGAAGGAACCCUGGCUUUCAUCUUCAAAGUUGGUUGUGAAACCUGACAUGCUGUUUGGAAAGCGUGGCAAAAGUGGCUUGGUGGCCUUAAAUUUGGAUUUGCCACAAGUUGCUUCUUUUGUGAAAGACCGUCUUGGAAAACAAGUUGAGAUGGGUGGAUGCAAAGGACCUAUAACAACUUUUAUUGUUGAACCUUUCAUCCCACACAAUGAAGAGUUUUACCUCAACAUUGUCUCCGAGAGACUUGGGUACAGCAUAAGCUUUUCAGAGUGUGGAGGAAUUGAAAUUGAAGAGAACUGGGACAAGGUUAAGACUAUAUUUGUUCCAACAGGAGUGUCUCUUACAUCAGAGAAUAUUGCCCCUCUUGUUGCAACCCUACCCUUGGAGAUUAAGGGAGAAAUUGAGGAAUUUCUCAAGGUGAUAUUCAAUCUAUUUCAGGAUCUGGACUUCACUUUCUUAGAGAUGAAUCCUUUCACUUUGGUCAAUGGAAAUCCUUAUCCUCUGGAUAUGAGAGGAGAGUUAGAUGACACUGCUGCUUUCAAGAACUUCAAGAAAUGGGGGAACGUUGAAUUUCCAAUGCCAUUUGGAAGGAUUAUGAGUACUACUGAGUCUUUUAUUCAUGGAUUAGAUGAAAAGACAAGUGCAUCUUUGAAGUUCACAGUUUUGAAUCCAAAGGGCCGAAUCUGGACAAUGGUAGCUGGGGGAGGAGCUAGUGUCAUCUAUGCCGACACGGUUUGUUCAUCUUUUUAUUUCAAGCAAGAAAAUCAACUGCUUAAAGAUGAGAUCUUGCAGUAUGCCAGAGUUGUAAUUGAUUGUGCAACUUCAAAUCCUGAUGGCGAAAAGCGUGCCCUUGUAAUAGGCGGCGGAAUAGCCAACUUCACAGAUGUUGCUGCCACAUUUAGCGGCAUAAUUCGAGCUCUAAAGGAGAAGGAGCAAAAGCUAAGAGAAGCAAAGAUGCACAUAUAUGUGAGGAGAGGAGGUCCUAAUUACCAGAAAGGUUUAGCGAAAAUGCGCGCACUUGGGGAGGAGCUCGGCAUCCCCAUUGAGGUUUAUGGACCUGAAGCCACAAUGACUGGCAUAUGCAAACAAGCAAUCCAGUGCAUUACAGCUGCUGCAUAAAUUAUAUACAAUUCUUAGUCCAGUCUAUUCUCAUUGCUUGUUUCUUGAUUCCUGGAUUCCGUUUCUAUUUCUCAUCAUUGAGGCAUUUGAUAAGUUAGAACUCAGUUUGUCACAAAUCUACAAUUCAGUGUAUCAUUAUGUAUAAUUCUGAGAGUACUAUCCUGAAAAUACAAUAGAAUAAUGUAAUUCAUAAUGUUAAGUCAA